AUGCCCGCAUGGGAUGAUGUUGUUCAAUGGGCCGGUCGAACGCCGGCGAUUGUGAACAAGCUUACAGGAGGCUACCCACGCUUGCCGCGUUGCUCGAGCAAUGAACUCACGCCAGAAGAACUCAGAUGGGCUUCAUUCGAAGCCGUGAUUUACCCUCCUGACAUUCACUCUGAGUUCCUGGCAUUCUGGCGUGAAAGUGGUGAAGGAAUUUCAAGUCGCCAUGCAGAGUACGUUCUUUCAUUAUUGGAACAAAUGACGUACAGAGAAAAGGGAAAGGACUCCCCGUCCCCUGCAUCUGUGUCAUUCUUACCGGGAGCAGCCAAGCUUGAGUGUGGCGAGGAGGCAAAGCGACACAUCAGGUCUUUCAUUGCAGAGCUCAUGACAAACGAAAAGAGCCCAAAUGUGAUGUCGCAUGACGUUUUUCUUUUUCCUUCUGGGAUAAGUGCGAUUUACGCAGUUUCCCGGGCUCUGAAAACGACCAAUUUGAACAGAUCGCAAUCUGUUGUUGUUUACGGGUAG